CCAAACACCAACAAGACGGUCCUGGAAUUUCGGAGAUAUAGGCUAUAUCGAGUUGAUAUACUAAGUUAUAACAAAAUAAGAUGGCAGAAGAAGUUGCAGAUGAGACCCUCGGUGACUUAGACCAACCCUUAGAGCCAAGUCUUGCCAAUAUCAUUGAACAAAAGACGCUAAAAUGGGUGUUCGUGGGUGGCAAAGGCGGUGUAGGCAAAACCACCACAAGUUGUAGUUUGGCAGUACAACUUGCCAAGGCCCGAGAGUCGGUGUUAAUUAUUUCCACUGACCCAGCACACAACAUAUCAGAUGCUUUUGAUCAGAAAUUUUCAAAAGUACCCAUCAAAGUCAAAGGCUUUGAGAAUCUGUAUGCUAUGGAAAUUGAUCCUAACAUAGGAUAUGGAGAGUUGCCAGACGAGUACUUUGAGGGGGCCAGUGAUGCUAUGCGUAUGGGCAGAGACAUACUACAGGAAGUGCUUGGGGCUUUCCCAGGCAUUGACGAAGCCAUGAGCUAUGCGGAGGUUAUGAAGCUCGUCCAGGGGAUGAACUUCAGCGUGGUUGUGUUUGACACAGCCCCCACAGGCCACACACUGCGCCUCCUGUCCUUCCCUCAAGUGAUUGAGAAAUCUCUUGGCAAGCUGCUGAGACUAAAGAACCAAAUUAGUCCCUUUGUUAACCAGGUUGCUGGGCUGCUUGGUAUGCAAGAAUUCAAUGCUGAUGAAGUGUCGGGUAAACUUGAGAGCAUCUUGCCUGUGAUACAGAAAGUCAAUGAACAGUUCCAAAACCCAGAUCAAACAACAUUUGUAUGCGUUUGCAUUGCUGAGUUUUUAUCCCUUUAUGAAACCGAACGUCUCGUCCAAGAAUUGACUCGAUACUGCAUAGACACUCACAAUAUCGUGGUCAACCAGUUACUGUUGCAGAAGCCUGGAGAUCAGCCAUGUUCUAUGUGUGCUGCAAGAUGCCGCAUUCAGGCAAAAUAUCUGGACCAGAUUGCCGAUUUGUAUGAGGAUUUCCACGUGACUAAACUUCCACUCCUUGAGCACGAAGUUAGAGGUGUCAAUCAGGUUAAAGAGUUUUCAGAAAACCUUGUGAAACCAUACAUGGGAUAACAACUCACUCUUGGGCUUUGGGGAAGCAUUUAUAAUGUCCGGGCUUUUUUAUUAAUGCUAGGAAUGGCAUAACAAUAGUGAAAGGUCUGUGCUGGACAAUAUUUAGAAAUUUCAGUCUUCUGUAUGAAAAGAAUUGUUUUUUUUCCAGGUUUCAUUUCUUCAGUAAGUUAAAUGUUUUGGCAAAGCUAUGCAAUCAAAAGAUGAAUGUAAUAUUGAUCAGGUCUGCCCUGUGAAAUUGAAAUGAGAAUUAGAAAAAUAAUAUAAUAAAGAUACAGGCAGUGGAUUGUGGUAAUUAGGGUAAUAAUGAAAUUGAGUUGUCUAUAGAUUAAGCUUCAAGGUGUGUAUUAGGACUAUCUUCUCUGGUUAUGGUUAGAUAUUUUGACCAUUUCCUUACAAAACUAGCAAUACAUUACCGCUGAGUUGAAUGGAGAGACUCGCUAUGGCUGCCAUGAGUCCCAAAGCUUUCAUUUUUCUCAUUUCCAAAGAUUAUUUAUUUAGUUUACAAUAGAGUCUUGAUACUUGAAUAAAAAAAAAUGUGAAAGAUUUUUAUCUGCGGGAUCUCAGGAUAUCUAUGUACUUAUGUGUCUUCACCUUUACUUUCAUUAAAGCUAAGGUGUCCACAAGUGAAAAGUUACAGCAAGUAUUAAUGGGGUCUUUCCUUUGUUCCUGAAAUGAAUAACUUGAAGUCCAUGUUAAUAUCCUCAUGGGAUCCCUUACAAGAAGUCAAGCAAUAUCCAAAUUUCAUUAAAAAUUUGAUAGUCUUUGUUCAUUUGUUUUGAUAUAUUACUGCAGUUUUGCUUUAGCUUCUCAAGUAGUUUCUUGUUUUUUUUUCUUACUUUGAGGCAGGUUCAUUGAAUUACAGUUUAAAAGCAUUGAUAUUCUGCUUUUGUUUCAUAUUAGAAAACUCACAUGAUGUUGGACUCAAUAUGCACAUGGAACAAUUUAUUAUUCAUGUUCAUUGCAUUCUGAUAUUGGGGAUCUUCAUGAAACUAUCUGCUAGGUUAAUCAAACUGUUUAUACCACACAGUUGAUCUUUUAUAUAAUAUAUUCAGUAUGUUGCAGGAAUAAAUACCAUUGAUAUAA